UUUAGAGGCAGCCUCCGCCCUCGGUUUUCAGACAAUUUACUCACCGUCUGCUCCGCUUAUUGAUUGUAGUGGCCGGUUUCUUUGUUUUUUCUGUUGUCCUUCUUCACAGUCACAUUAACUGGCCAUGGAAGCGAAGCUACUGGAGCCUGCUUUUGCCGUCGUUUCAGGCCCUCAAACCGCAAAAUCUUCGAUACCCACUUCGUAUUUCACAUCGAAAAACACUCUUAGAUUUCUUCAACCAUGUUUUCGCACAACUAGGCAUUCAACCCUUCAAGUUUCGUCUUCUUCUUCGCUCAUCAGAUUCAUGAAGAAGCAAAGGGUGGAUGAGAGUGAGAUCUUGACUCUGAAAAGCAUAAGACACUCCUUAAAACGACAAGAGGAUAGCAUAAUAUUUAGCCUUUUGGAGAGAGCUAAGUACUGUUAUAAUGCAGACACAUAUGACUGUGAUGCAUUCUCUAUGGACGGGUUUAGUGGUUCACUGGUUGAGUUCAUGGUCCGAGAAACUGAAAAGCUCCAUGCACAGGUUGGCAGGUACAAAAGUCCAGAUGAACAUCCUUUCUAUCCAUCAUACUUACCAGAACCAAUGCUUCCGCCUCUUCAGUACCCACAGGUUUUGCAUCACUAUGCUUCUUCUAUUAAUAUAAACAAUAAAGUCUGGAAUAUUUAUUUUCGAGAUCUUCUCCCGAGAUUAGUCAAACCUGGAGAUGAUGGUAACUGUGGAUCAGCUGCUGUAUGCGACACAAUUUGUUUGCAGGCUCUAUCAAAGAGAAUUCAUUACGGUAAAUUUGUUGCAGAGGCUAAAUUUCGGGAAUCCCCUUCAGUAUACGAAGAAGCCAUUAAGGCGCAAGACAGGGAAAGACUAAUGGAACUGUUGACAUAUGAAAAAGUAGAAGCAGCAGUUAAGGAGAGAACAGAGAUGAAAGCAAAAACAUUUGGACAAGAGGUAAGAACCAAGGAAGGGGAUGACGCAGCAGAUCCUGUAUACAAAAUCAAGCCCAGCUUAGUAGGGAAUCUAUAUGAGCAGUGGAUCAUGCCUUUGACUAAAGAAGUUCAAGUGGAAUACUUGUUGAGAAGGCUUGACUGAUAUGAACAUGUAUAGUUUUGUCAUCUUCACUCAUUUUGGAGUGUAGUGGGAGCAUGGAUCAGAGAAAAUUAUAUGGAGAUUCAUGGUCUUCAAGCAUAAUUAACUAGUUAUAUUAUUUUUUAAAUUACAAAUUAGUCUUUAUUUAAUAAGUAAUAGAAUUAAAGGUUGUAGUAACCUUUCCAAAUAUUUAUGUACUGACCUUAUUAAUAAUAUUCUGUCUCAAACGCAAAAGAAAGCUACCAA